AUGACGAUCCCAACAUCCGCCGCCCCUCCAGGGCAGAGAAGCAGCUAUGUGCUUGACCAACUCGAGGGGGAGCGUAUUGCGAUACCUGGCACCAACAGCGUGUUCCGAAUUCUUGCCUCUCAAAAAGAAAUGGAUCAUAGGAUCGCCGUAUACUACAAGGCGGGUAUCUCAACAGAUGGCACUGACUCUUGGCGGCACGCGUAUGCCGAAAACGCUUUCAUUGUGACAAAGGGGUGCCUGAGAAUCUGGAUUGGCGACAAAUGCCGCGACUUAUACCCUGGAGAUUUUGCCUUUGUGCCUUCUGGGAAUGAAUAUGGUUACAAGCCACUCGGACCAUAUACAGAAUUGCUGGCUCUCACAAGUCCAGGAGAUCAAGUCGAUCUCUUCCGGGCCAUGGGCGAGGAAUUUCACGGCAUCUUGACCGCAUCGAAAGAUAAUCCCACCCUACAACAGGAGCCGCCCUCGGGCUUUGAUCUUGAUUCCCCGGAUGAUGACUACCGACCUCCAGAGCUGUCCCCUUGGCUGGAGACGGAAAAUCGUUUACCGGAAGCCUCGCAACCCUACUUUCUUCGUGCGAAUACCGGUCCCCAGUGGAUGUUCGGUGGAGUACUGUCGCGCCCAUUCAUCACUACCGCCCAAUGCAAUGGGAAAUUUUACAUUUCCGCCUUGGAGUCGUCAUCUGGCUAUCCUGGAAGACCAUUCUUCGAACGAUAUAUGAGCUUCACUUCGGUAGACCACUGCUUUUGCGUCAUGGAAGGCCUCUUUAAGCUGAAGCGCAGGGGGGAUUCUGAAUGGACUGUUUUGCGAGAAGGCCAGACAGUUGUGGUUUCGGCGAGGGAAUUUUUUACUGCUGAAAUCGACAGCAAGUUUGUUCGCGUGAUAGCAUUUGCCAAUGGCCCUGGCAUCAAUGAGUUACUUCAAAAGGCUGGGUAUCGAUGCAGUGGUAAUAUUUUGCCUGAGACUGUGGGCAGUUGGGAUGGCUGGGAUGAGGCUCGUCUCAAAUCGGCGUGCGCGGAGGUUGGGGCUCAGAUUGAUUAA